GAGUUUUAAACAAGAGGCUGCCCCUUUUCUGAGCGAAGCAUAGAGAGACUACACGCCUGCACGAACGGCUGCUUGUCGUCUGAUCCUGAAAGACUGAGAACUGCUUCAACAUGAUACCUGCAGUUACACUCAACAAUGGAGCAAAGAUGCCCAUUGUGGGUCUGGGAACAUGGAGGGCAGACCCAGGAAAGGUCACCGAGGCUGUGAAAGUGGCGAUAAGUGCUGGUUACAGGCACAUCGAUGGUGCUUAUGUGUACCAGAAUGAAGAAGAAGUUGGGGCUGGAAUUCGUGCCAUGAUUGAUCAAGGAGUGGUCAAGAGGGAAGAUCUAUUCAUUGUCAGUAAGCUCUGGUGCACCUUCCACCUUCCAUCCCUGGUGAGGGGAGCAUGUGAGAAGACUCUCAGAGACCUGAAACUAGACUACGUCGACCUCUACCUCAUGCACUUCCCCAUGGGAACCAAGCCAGGGAAUGAGCUUUUUCCUUUAGAUGAACAUGGCCAGGUCAUUCCUGAUGGCAGCAACUUCUUGGACACCUGGGAGGCCAUGGAAGAGCUGGUGGACGCGGGGUUGGUCAAGGCUAUCGGAAUCUCCAACUUCAACAAAGACCAGAUUGAAGCCUUACUCAACAAGCCUGGCCUCAAGUACAAGCCCGCCAACAACCAGAUUGAGUGCCACCCGUUCCUGACCCAGGAGAAGUUGAUCAACUAUUGCCACUCAAAGGGCAUCUCAGUGACAGCCUACAGUCCCCUGGGCUCCCCUGACAGACCCUGGGCUUCAUCUGAUGAACCCUCUCUGCUGGAGGAACCUAAGAUCAAGGCCAUUGCUAAAAAGUACAACAAGACUCCUGCACAGGUUCUCAUCAAGUUCCACGUCCAGAGGAACGUGAUCGUCAUUGCAAAGUCAGCAACACCCCAACGAAUCGAGGAAAACUUCCAGUUGUUUGACUUUGAGAUGAGUGAAGAAGACAUGAAGACCUUGCUGAGCUUGAACAGAAACUGGAGAGGAUUCCCACUACCAUGGGCCUCAAAACACAAAGACUUCCCCCUGAAUACAGAAUACUAACUCAUCAGACAAUAAGCUGCACACUUUCUGCUUUUUAUUCAAAUUCUACGUGUUGUGUUAGCACAUCUGCUACACAACUAUGACUUCUACUUAUUUAGCUUUUGCUGGGGUAUUGUUUUAUGAUAAACAAUAAAUGAAUGUAUUGAAUUGAACACUUUAGGUACAUCUUUUCUAUCCUGUUUUAUUAAAAUUAUAGUGGUUGUAGGUUGAGUUUACAUAAGCUAAAUAGUAUAAUAGAAUGAAAGUGAUCAGUAAAAAAUGCGAUGUAGCUUGUGUGUUGUGGCAAAGCAAGUUUACAAAGGUUAGAGGAGGUCCUGUGCAAGUUAGGCAAGAUUUUACAGAUUGUUUCGCAAUUACAGUAUGUACAAUUAAGUAAGUACUGUAACUGUGUAAUCAAAUUUUUUAUGGAUUGGUCGAGCAGAAAUACUUUAUAUGUCGACAUAGCAGCUCUCACCACAGUGUUGUCAUGAGAAAAAUCAUUGUACUGCGUCAAAAACUCCAAACUGUAAUGAAAAGCAACAGGUUUUACAGGUUAAAAUGAACUGUGACAUAAUGGAGACAGUGACUGGUAUUCAUGUUUUUACUGUAACUGUGUAACCCCUGUGUGUAUUCUGUAUUUCUUAAUGUUUUUAAUUCCUUGUGUAAAACACUUUGAAUUGACUUUAUGUAUUAAAUUUGCUACAUAAUAAACUUA